UAAGUUGAAUCAUUGUGCUCAUAUCGUAUUUCCAUACCAAUUUUAAUAAUAUCAGCUAAUAAUUUAUAAAAUAUGCGGAUUAUAGUUGGAGGUGGAGUCAGUCGUGUAGACUGUAGUGAUGGUUGUCCGUCGAUUCGAGGAAGACUUUUUGUGAGCUACUAUGGUUUAAACAGAAAGUUGAAUGUGAAUCUACAUGGAGCAACGGUUUAUCCUGAAAAAAAAAACAAGGAUGCUACACACCUGAUAUAAUGCAUCAGAGUUUAGUUACUUAGACAAUUCAACAUAUGAACAUUCCAAUUCACAUAGAUUAGUGUACACAUGUGUAUAUAUUUUCUACGGCGAAAAAAUUUCAUCCAAAUGAACUCCUGUGGGAUUCAACAUUUAAAUAUCCAAGCUAAUAUACUAUUACUGUAAGAAUGUCUGGAAGUUAUUACUUUGUGAUUGUUGGUCACCAUGACAAUCCAGUGUAUGAAAUGGAAUAUCUACCACCAAGUAAAGCUAAUGACCCAAAGAAAGAUGACCAUCGUCACUUGAACCAGUUUAUAGCCCAUGCAGCAUUGGACCUGGUUGAUGAACAAAUGUGGAUGACAGGGAAUAUGUACCUGAAGAUAGUCGACAAGUUUAAUGAGUGGUUUGUCUCUGCUUUUGUCACAGCUGGAAGAAUGAGAUUUCUAAUGCUUCAUGACACCAAAAAUGAAGAUGGUAUUCGAAACUUCUUCCAAGAAAUGUAUGAAGCUUAUGUAAAGUAUGCCAUGAAUCCUUUCUAUGAGCCCAAUACUCCUGUUAAGUCGGCAGCGAUGGACAAGAAAGCACAGACUUUAGGCAAGAAGUACCUUACUGGUUGAAGAUAUUGCUGGGACAGGAUAGUAACUGAGAACACGCUUCAUUUGGAAGAGAUGGAGUUGUUUCUGAACAUAGAUGUAAAUACACUGUUAUCAAGAGCCAUGGGAUAUGUUUUGGGUUGCAAGAUUAAGUUCAUUUGAAUCAAUAAUUUUGUUGCUAAUUGUAAGGAAGCAAACAUAACUGGAAAGGAUCGUUGUUUGAAGAGGUGAAAAACAAUUGAAAUAGUGGGACUGGUAACUGUUUUGCAUGAGUGGACAAAGAAAUAUCAAGAGGAACAAUGGAGUUGUCAUUGAGAAAUAUCAGGCUCCAUUUGCUCUUGGAUUCUUAUAAAUAAUGAUACAUGCCAAGCUUAAGAAAGUCGAUAUCUGGUGUGAAAAUUUUAUGUAUUGCGACAGUGAUUAUGGCAAUACAUUAUGUAUGCUAAUAAAUGUGCAAUUUUAUA